GGUGGAGCCAUCAGAAGCCCAAACCCACAGGCAGACGGAGGCAGUGUUUCACCCGCGGCCUCAGCACCAGCACCUAUGUUUAAGUGUUGACUCUUGAUAUACAAAACCACGAUAAUUCCUUCCCCAAAGGCAAGCAGCCCCCCAGCCCCGCGCAGCCCCAGCCUGCCUCCCACCGCCCAGCUGCCCGCGAUGCCCUCCAGCGGCCCCGGGGACACCAGCAGCUCCGCCCUGGAGCGGGAGGAGGACCGCAAGGAGGGAGAAGAGCCGGAGGAAUCCCGCGGCAAGGAGGAGCGGCAGGAGCCCGGCACGACCACGCGGAAGGUGGGGCGGCCUGGGAGGAAGCGCAAGCACCCUCCGGUGGAAAGCAGUGACACACCGAAAGACCCGCCGGUGACCUCCAAGUCCCCGUCCAUGGCCCAGGACUCAGGCUCCUCAGAGCUGUUACCCAAUGGGGACUUGGAGAAACGGAGUGAUCCCCAGCCAGAAGAGGGGAGCCCGGCUGGGGGACAGAAGGGCAGGGCCCCAGCGGAGGGAGAAGGGACAGCCGAGACCCCACCAGAAGCCUCUCGGGCAGUAGAGAAUGGCUGCUGCACCCCAAAGGACGGCCGAGGAGCCCCUGCAGAGGAGGGCAAAGAGCAGAAGGAGACCAACAUCGAGUCCAUGAAAAUGGAGGGCUCCCGGGGCCGGCUGCGGGGUGGCUUGGGCUGGGAAUCGAGCCUCCGACAGCGGCCCAUGCCACGGCUCACCUUCCAGGCGGGGGACCCCUACUACAUCAGCAAGCGCAAACGGGACGAGUGGCUGGCACGCUGGAAAAGGGAGGCCGAGAAGAAAGCCAAGGUUAUUGCAGUAAUGAAUGCUGUGGAAGAAAACCAGGGAUCUGGGGAAUCUCAGAAGGUGGAGGAGGCCAGCCCUCCCGCCGUGCAGCAGCCCACUGACCCCGCAUCGCCCACUGUGGCCACAACGCCUGAGCCUGUGGGGGCCGACACAGGAGACAAAAAUGCCACCAAAGCAGCUGAUGACGAGCCAGAGUAUGAGGAUGGCCGGGGCUUUGGCAUUGGGGAGCUCGUGUGGGGAAAACUGCGGGGCUUCUCCUGGUGGCCAGGCCGCAUUGUGUCUUGGUGGAUGACUGGCCGAAGCCGAGCAGCCGAAGGCACCCGCUGGGUCAUGUGGUUCGGAGACGGGAAGUUCUCAGUGGUGUGUGUUGAGAAGCUGAUGCCGCUGAGCUCCUUCUGCAGUGCAUUCCACCAGGCCACCUACAACAAGCAGCCCAUGUACCGCAAAGCCAUCUACGAAGUCUUGCAGGUGGCCAGCAGCCGAGCUGGGAAGCUGUUCCCAGCGUGUCAUGACAGUGACGAGAGUGACACUGCCAAGGCUGUGGAGGUGCAGAACAAACAGAUGAUAGAAUGGGCCCUUGGGGGUUUCCAGCCCUCUGGCCCUAAGGGCCUGGAGCCACCAGAAGAGGAGAAGAAUCCCUAUAAAGAAGUUUACACAGACAUGUGGGUGGAACCUGAGGCAGCUGCCUAUGCACCGCCCCCACCAGCCAAAAAACCCCGGAAGAGCACAACAGAGAAGCCCAAGGUCAAGGAGAUCAUCGAUGAACGCACAAGAGAGCGGCUGGUGUACGAGGUGAGGCAGAAGUGCCGGAACAUCGAGGACAUCUGCAUCUCCUGUGGGAGCCUCAACGUCACCCUGGAACACCCUCUUUUCAUUGGAGGAAUGUGCCAAAAUUGCAAGAACUGCUUCCUGGAGUGUGCGUACCAGUACGAUGACGACGGCUAUCAGUCCUACUGCACCAUCUGCUGUGGGGGUCGUGAGGUGCUCAUGUGUGGGAACAACAACUGCUGCAGGUGCUUUUGUGUGGAGUGUGUGGAUCUCUUGGUGGGGCCGGGGGCUGCCCAGGCAGCCAUUAAAGAAGACCCCUGGAACUGCUACAUGUGUGGGCACAAGGGCACCUAUGGGUUGCUGCGGCGACGGGACGACUGGCCCUCUCGACUCCAGAUGUUCUUCGCCAACAACCACGACCAGGAAUUUGACCCUCCAAAGGUUUACCCACCUGUCCCAGCUGAGAAGAGGAAGCCCAUCCGGGUGCUGUCCCUUUUUGACGGAAUUGCUACAGGGCUUCUGGUGCUGAAGGACUUGGGCAUCCAGGUGGACCGCUACAUUGCCUCGGAGGUGUGCGAGGACUCCAUCACGGUGGGCAUGGUGCGGCACCAGGGGAAGAUCAUGUACGUCGGCGACGUCCGCAGCGUCACCCAGAAGCAUAUCCAGGAGUGGGGCCCAUUCGAUCUGGUGAUUGGGGGCAGUCCCUGCAAUGAUCUCUCCAUCGUCAACCCUGCCCGCAAGGGACUCUACGAGGGCACUGGCCGGCUCUUCUUUGAGUUCUACCGCCUCCUGCAUGAUGCGCGGCCCAAGGAGGGAGAUGACCGCCCCUUCUUCUGGCUCUUUGAGAAUGUGGUGGCCAUGGGCGUUAGUGACAAGCGGGACAUCUCGCGAUUUCUCGAGUCCAACCCUGUGAUGAUUGAUGCCAAAGAAGUGUCAGCUGCACACAGGGCCCGCUAUUUCUGGGGUAACCUUCCUGGGAUGAACAGGCCGUUGGCAUCCACUAUGAAUGAUAAGCUGGAGCUGCAGGAGUGUCUGGAGCAUGGCAGAAUAGCCAAGUUCAGCAAAGUAAGGACCAUUACUACUCGGUCAAACUCCAUAAAGCAGGGCAAAGACCAGCAUUUCCCUGUCUUCAUGAAUGAGAAGGAGGACAUCUUAUGGUGCACUGAAAUGGAAAGGGUGUUUGGCUUCCCUGUCCAUUAUACUGAUGUCUCCAACAUGAGCCGCUUGGCGAGGCAGAGACUGCUGGGCCGGUCAUGGAGCGUGCCAGUCAUCCGCCACCUCUUCGCUCCGCUGAAGGAGUACUUUGCUUGUGUGUAAGGGACAUGAGGGCAAACUGAGGUAGUGACAAAAAG